CGUGGCCGCAAGUUUUAAAAACGCCCUUCUCGAGGCGUUCCUCCACACAGCACAUUAUAUAUUUUGCUGCAAAACCAAACAGAGUAAGAGUUUUGAAAGUAGCCUUGUGAGAGAAAGAGCCGAGCAGAAACGCAGACAGGAUUCCUGGAAACUUUAUUCCAGUCUUGGAGCGGGCUGUCAGCAUGACGGAGAAACCUCCUCUGGACAGCCUGGAGGACCGAGCCUGGCUGGGCGAGGGUCAGUCUGAGACUCAGCUCACAGCUGUGCCCGGUCUGGACGGAGCAGAGACGAGCAACGCAGACCGGCCAGCGUGGGACUCCAAGGUCCAGUAUGUGUUGGCCCAGGUGGGGUUCAGCGUGGGCCUCGGGAAUGUGUGGAGGUUCCCGUACCUUUGCCACCAAAAUGGCGGAGGGGCCUUCAUGCUGCUGUAUGUUUUUCUUUUACUGAUUGUGGGAGUUCCACUCUUUUUUAUGGAGUUGGCAGCCGGCCAAAGCAUUCGCCAGGGCAGCAUCGGCGUUUGGAAGCACAUCUCCCCAAAGCUGGCGGGGAUCGGUUACUCCAGCUGCAUAGUCUGUUUUUACGUGGCUCUAUAUUACAAUGUUAUCAUUGCGUGGAGCCUUUUCUACCUGGGUAAUUCUUUUCAGUAUCCUCUGCCCUGGGAGCAUUGUCCAUUCGAUGUAUCUACCAAUGCAACAGUGAAAGAAUGUGCCAGUUCUUCACCAACUUCAUAUUUCUGGUUUCGGAAAGCCCUUGACAUCACAAACUGCAUUGAUGAAUCUGGAGAGUUUAACCCCAUCAUGACAGGCUGUUUGUUGGCCGCUUGGGCAAUCGUGUCCCUGGCUAUGAUCAAGGGCAUCAAGUCUUCUGCAAAGGUGAUGUACUUUUCCUCAGUUUUUCCCUAUGUGGUGCUUUUUAUUUUCCUCAUCAGAGGAUUGAUGUUGGACGGUGCGAUGGAUGGAAUCGCCUACAUGUUUUAUCCUAAACUAGAACUCUGGAGGAGUGUGCAGGUGUGGCGCCAGGCUGCUACUCAAGUGUUUUUUGCUCUCGGACUUGGCUAUGGCUCAGUGAUCGCUUAUUCCUCCUACAAUCCAGUGAACAACAACUGCCACAGGGACGCCCUCAUGGUCUCGGGCAUCAACUUCAUGACGUCUGUGCUGGCCUCGCUCGUGGUUUUCGUCAUUCUGGGUUUCCGUGCCAAGAACAUUGCAAUGCGCUGCGUGGCUGAAAAUCUUGGUCUCCUGAGCCACAUGGGGUCUAACCAGCAUUUUGAUCCUUGGAUCAACGCGACUGACCCGAGCUCUGUGUCUCUAGAGGAAUACAGAGACUGGUUCAGUCACCACAGCUCCACGCUGGGUCCUAACAUCACCGACUGCAGCCUGGAAGAGGAGAUGAACAAGGGUAUUGAAGGGACAGGCCUGGCAUUCAUAGCGUUCACUGAGGUGAUGGCCCUUUUCCCUGCCAGCCCCUUCUGGUCCACACUGUUUUUCCUAAUGCUGCUCAACCUGGGCCUCAGCACCAUGUUUGGGACCAUGCAGGGAAUCCUCACACCUCUCAUGGACAAUUUUAGCCUCUUGGGCCGUCACCGAACCAUCCUCACUGUUUCCAGCUGUGCUCUGGGUUUUGUAAUCGGACUGUUGUUCACUCAGCGCUCAGGCAACUAUUUUGUGACGAUGUUUGACGACUACUCUGCAACUUUACCGUUAGUCAUUGUAGUAAUAUUUGAAACCAUUGCUGUGUCGUGGGUUUAUGGAGCAGAUCGCUUCCUGGAUGAGAUUGAAGUCAUGCUCAAGUGGCGCCCUCCGGUGGUGUACAAAUAUCUUUGGAAAUAUGUUUGUUUGAUCGCGAUGGUUGGUCUUCUGGCUGCUAGUUUUAUGCGCAUGGUUUUCAAAAGGCCCACAUACACCGCCUGGAAUCAAGCCACGGGCUCUGAGAUGACCCUCGAGUACCCGGGUUGGGCUCUCGGUAUGAUCGUCAUGCUGAUAGCCCUUGCCAGCUUGCCGGUGCCGAUUGGCUACAUCCAUUCCAUGUGGAAAAACCGCACGGCCCAUAACCCUCUCUCUGAGGAGGGGGGCGGCCAGGCGAUGCACCGUGAGUUGUACACCAAGUGCAGCUCCACCGAUCAGCUGGAGUCCCUCAACAGAGACCCUUCUGAGGAAGACGAGGCUCCUCCCAGGACCACCUUCCUGCCCCUGGGCAGCGAACACUACCGGCUCCUGGAGCAGGAGGAGGAGGAGGAGGAGGAAGAUGAAGAAGAACAAGACACAGUGGUGUGAGCACGACUGUGGACGAGGAUAUGUUUCAAUGUUGAACAUCAAAGAGUGUAUGAACAAGAGCCAGCAAAGUGUAGGCAGCGCAGUCCUAAACAGAUUUAUUUAUCAUCUGAAGAAGAGUUGUUGCACCCCAUUUGAUCAAAUUCAGCAAGUUCUACAUUGUUGACAAAACCAAAGUGAUUUUAAUAUUUAUGUUUUUAAAGAUGACUAGUCAAAAGAGAGAUUUUAGAUUUAGUAGUUAUAAAACUAUCACUGCUUGUCAAUCACUAUCACUAUCACUCCAUUCAUUUUCUCAACCGCUCGCACUGUUCAGAAAAUGAAAACACUCCCUGAAACAUAGAACAACUGUAUUUUGUGAAACAAGGAUUUUAUGGAAGUAUUUAGAGUGGGAAAUUGACAAGCCAGCCAAUCAAAUACGGUUGGUCUGUUCUUUUUCUGUGAAUCUGUUCUUUUUUCAUGUAGGGGGUUAGUUGAGAUUAGUUUUUUUUAGCAAAAUGCCAAGUGGGAAUAUGCAUGAAAAUAUUGUACUGUGUGUGUGUGUGUGUGUGUGUGUGUGUGUGUGUGUGUGUGUGUGUGUGUGUGUGUGUGUGUGUG